GAAACAAAAAUUAUACUAUAUGGUUUUUGAAAUGAGAAUUCAAACAAAUUCCAAAAGCUUUUCGGACAAGGGCACACAUGCCAAUGCGACAAUACCUUGACUCAUCUCUCUUUGUCGAUUUUCCGCCGCUCGCAACCCUCCAAAAUUUUUCGAUGCCAUCAUUCCAGCUCUCUCUCUACUUGUCAUUUUUGUUUUUUCUGAUCAGAUGGGGCGAUUAGAUCACAGAAAACAACUACCGUUUGGAGCUUCGAAAGCUCCACAAAGGUUGCUAUUUCUUAAUCCCCAGAAGCUCAUUUUCGCCUAUAAGGUGUUUGAUGAAAUUGCUCAAUGAAGUUCCACUCUUACUGAAUUCAGCCCCUUCAGUUUCUGUCUCUUGGGUUUCACUUUUAUGCUUUUUGCUUCUAUUGUUUGUUCACAUUCAUUUUGGGUCUUAAGUUCACAUUCAUUUGGUUUGCCUCAGUAGGUUUACUCAAAAGACAUACUAUUUUGCCUUGCUCUGAGUGACUUGUUAAGGUUGAAACUACUUUAAGCUUGAAAUUAUCGGUGAGUGAUUCUCAAAUGAAGGAUGAACAACAUGAGUUGUCUGUGGGAAAAUAAAUCAUUUGUGAGAAGGUAAAACAUGGAUGACCCAAAUUGUUUAGAGCCUCAUUUGUGAAGUUGAGAAAAACUGAGGUGUGUUAGGGAUCUGUUUGAUAAGGAGAAAUUAUUUGGAGAGAUCGGGUCACCAUAUUAUGACUCGCAAUUUUUCAUCGUUGAAUUAUGAGAGAGGAAUACCUCAAAUUUAUAUCUAGUGGUUCUUACCAGCAAACUCAUUUUCGAAUUUACAUCCAACGAUUAAUAGGAGGUUAUCUUUAAUUUACAACCAAACACAUAUCGCAAAAUGUGAGUGCGAUAAUUUCUCAUGAUUGGAUUACGAGAGAUGGCUACCUUUAAUUUAUACUUAGUGAUUAUUAGAGGCAUACCGAUUCUUUUAAUUUAUGUCCAACAAUUAAUAUGAGGUAGCCACAAUAAACAAGUGACAGUUUCUUAUGGCCGGAGUAUGAGAGAUGAGUACCUCAAACUUAUAUCUAGUAAUUAUUAGAGGCAUGUAGACUUUAAAUUUACAUUCAGAUAGUCAUAUUGAAUAGUAUGUCAUGGAUAAGGCUUAAGAGUAUAUGAAAUAACUUGGUUUAAUAUUAUUUGUUUCUUCUCUUCCACACUAAAUCCGUGUCUCUUUUGUGUUUUUCUUCUUUCUUUUACAGUUCAUCCUGCCUUUUUCAUAACAACUUUUGCAAAACACAGUAUUCUAGGGAACUAAAAGUCAGUUUCUAAAACUUUAACUGAAUCCACCAAAAGAUAUUGCAUAAUAACAGUUUUGGACUCGAAAGUGUAUUGAAUGGAAGGAGUAUAAACUGAUAGAACUUUUCUCUAUGUAACUUCCUUAUCUUUUCGUCCAAAUCAUGAGAAGACAAAAACAAAAAGUAAAGACAUGAGAGAAGGUUAAAAUGAUUAUCAUGAUGACCAUGGAAGUGGAUUAAGCAUGGUCCCUUCCCCUCUGUGGGUCCCUGCAGUUACAGACUACAUUCAACCUUCACAUCCAGUCAAAUUUUGGUAACCCAAAAAUCAGAAAAGUACAAGCAGCAAAGGCACCCAUAGUUUUGUAGCUUAUCUUCAUCCUCUAUAAAUUAUAUCUCCUUCAUGAUUCAAGCAACAGAAGAAAGGGGGAAGAAGAAGAAGACAUGGAAAGACAGAAAAAGAUUGUGAAGAAGACAAGGGUAAUCAAAGUUGUCUCAGAGGAAUCAUGGGAUUGUUAUGUUACAAAAGCUUCCAAACAAGGCUGCCCUGUUAUAGUGCAUUUCAGUGCUAGCUGGUGCACACCCUCAAGAGCCAUGAGCCCUUUCUUUGAAGAGCUGGCCUUGGAAUACAAAAGUGUUUUGUUUCUAUCUGUGGAUGUGGAUGAAGCUAAGGAGGUUGCAUCCAAGUUGGAGAUAAAGGCCAUGCCCACAUUUGUAUUGAUGAAGAAUGGAGCCCCAGAAUACAAGCUUGUUGGAGCCAACCCCGUUGAGCUAAGGAAGAGGAUCACGGGUUUCAUAUAUGGCUAACUAUCAAAAGAUAAUAAGAAUCUCAUUUGUCUUCAACCUUAACCCAUUGAAGUUCAAGUUUCACAUUUCUUCCAUUUUUGCUAGUAUUGGUAUUGGCUUUUAUUUUUUAUUUUCAUUUUUGGAGGAUGUACUACUUUCAACAUAAGAAAAUGAUAUAAAUCGUUUUUUAGUUAAACAACAUGUGGGAGUUA